UAAAAAAUAAUAAAAUAAACAGCAUUCCGGCUCAGCUCUCUAGGGUUUCAAGGUUCAACCUCCAGGGAAAUUCCCAAAACCCCCCACCCUCCAUUUCCGGCUCGUCUUCUUCAACCGAGCUCAUCAUCAUCUUCAUCAUCGUCAUCCAAUGAUAUAACAGUCAAAUUCGUUCUCAGGAAGCUGUAAAAAUCCAAUCUUUCGUGUGUUCUUUGUAAGUACUCUCUCUCCUUCUCUUUCUCUUGGCGGGCAUCAUUCAUUUGAGGAAUUUCUGGUAAAGUUUGAAUCUUUUUCGGCAUUGAAUUCUUGGGCAAUUUGAACGCCGAUCAAUUUUUCAUUCUUGGGGGAGAUAAUUUGAUGGGGAAAUCCGGAGGGAAGAAGAAGAAGGGGGUUUCGAACCAUGUUUCCGGGGAGGCUCCGGCGGCGAAGGCCAAUGGGGGUGGUGUUGAUAUGGAUGCAACGGUGUUCUUGAAAAGAGCCCAUGAGCUCAAGGAAGAAGGCAACAAGAGGUUCCAGGGUAAGGACUAUGGGGGCGCUCUUGAGCAGUACCACAAUGCGCUUAACCUCUUGCCAAAGACCCACCCGGAACGGGCGGUGUUCCACAGCAAUAGGGCUGCCUGCUUGAUGCAGAUGAAGCCCAUAGACUAUGAUGCGGUGAUAGCGGAGUGCACGAUGGCGCUCCAGGUGCAGCCCAGGUUCGUCCGGGCGCUGCUCCGGAGGGCUCGGGCGUUGGAGGCGAUAGGGAGGAUUGAGAUGGCGAUGCAGGACGUUCAGGUGCUGUUGGGGUCGGACCCAAAUAAUGGGGAUGCUCUGGAGAUCGCGAGGCGGUUGCGCAUGGCAUUGGGCCCGCGACAGGAGGCCCAGCAGGACCUCCAAAGCCGGCCGUCCCCGGCUGCUCUGGGGGCUUCGGCUGUCCGUGGUGCUCCGGUCGGUGGCCUGGGGCCAUGUCUGCCCACCCGCCCGGUGCCUAAGAAGGGGGCAUCCUCUGCAGCGGGAACUGUUUUGUCUACGAGUAAUAAGAUAGAUAAGCCCCAACCGAUUGGAGCAACUGAAAAUGGUCCUGUGCCCAAAGCCCAAAUGCCAAAACUGGUGCUAAAGCCCCUGAGUGGUUCUUCUACUGACCCUCUGGUGACUUCGAGUAUUAAUAACAAGAAGGAGCAGUCGUCAUCUUUGUUGGCAUCAACAUUGCCUCUCAGUGGUCGGCACUCGGAUCUUGCUGUUCCUUUAAGGCCACUGAAGCUUAUUUAUGAUCAUGACAUAAGACUGGCCCAGAUGCCCAUGAACUGCAGCUUUAAAGUGUUAAGGGACAUUGUAAGCAAACGUUUUCCUUCCUCAAAGUCUGUUUUGAUCAAGUAUAGGGAUAAUGAUGGUGAUUUAGUGACCAUCACAUGUAGCAGUGAGCUCAGAAUGGCAGAGUCUAGUGUUGACAGUGUUAUUGAGAAAGAACCUGAACCGGAGAAGGCUGAUCCCAUCGGGUUGCUUAGGUUGCACAUUGUUGAGGUGACUGCUGAGCAGGAGCCACCUUUAUUGGAGGAAGAUGAAGAGAAGCCUGUGGAAAGUGAGGAGAACAAAGGAGAAGAAAGUCAGUCUCAUUCUUCUCUCAGUGAAUCAGUAAUAGAAGCUGGUGAUUCUGCAAUUGAUAAGAUCGAAAAAGAAGUCUCGAAUGAUAAGCAGCCAGGUACUUCAGAAGAUCCAGAGUGCAAGGAUGUUGAGAUGGAUGAUUGGUUGUUUGAGUUUGCUCAGCUUUUCCGCACUCACGUUGGUAUUGACCCUGAUGCUCACAUAGACUUGCAUGAGCUUGGGAUGGAACUUUGCACAGAAGCGCUCGAGGAAACAGUGACGAGUGAAGAAGCUCAGAAUUUGUUUGACAAGGCUGCUGCAAAAUUCCAAGAGGUAGCAGCUCUAGCUUUCUUCAACUGGGGCAACGUCCAUAUGUGCGCAGCAAGGAAGCGUAUUCCCUUGGAUGAGUCUUCCGGGGAGGAGGUAGUAGCAGCUCAACUUCAAGUAGCUUAUGACUGGGUGCGAGAAAAGUACUCAUUGGCCAAAGAGAAAUAUGAGGAAGCUCUUGUGAUCAAGCCAGACUUUUAUGAAGGAUUGCUCGCUUUGGGACAGCAGCAGUUUGAAAUGGCCAAACUUCACUGGUCAUUUGCUCUUGCUAAGAAAAUUGACCUAUUGAGCUGGGAUCCUGCAGAAACACUCAAGCUCUUUGAUAGUGCAGAGGAGAAAAUGAAAGCUGCAACAGAGAUGUGGGAGAAGCUGGAGGAACAAAGGGUGAACGAACUUAAAGAUCCAAACUCAAGCAAGAAAGAUGAGCUGCUGAAAAGAAGGAAAAACAAGGCAGAAGGUGAGCCCUCUGGGAGCGGCGGUAAUGGAGAGGUCUCGCCUGAAGAAGCCGCUGAGCAAGCUGCAGUUAUGAGAUCGCAGAUCCACCUUUUCUGGGGUAAUAUGCUUUUUGAGCGAUCUCAAGUUGAGUGCAAGUUAGGGAUGGGUGGUUGGAAGGAGAAACUAGAUGCUGCUGUUGAGCGCUUUAAGCUUGCUGGAGCUUCUGAGGUUGACAUAUCAGUUGUUCUGAAGAACCACUACUCUAAUGGAGAUGCAGUGGAAGGAGAUGGGAAAAAGGUUGAUAACACUAAUACUGACGCAAACUUGGAAAGUGAGAAGAAGGAAGAGGUUGCUCAAGUAGCAGAGAAGUGAUUAGGAGCGCUAAGCAAUGUGUUUCAUAGAUUGCAAUGAAUUGCCUUAAGAUCUUCUGAGACCAAAAUUAUGCUAGGGGGACACAGCCAUUUAAUCAUUGAGGGGAUUAACGAGCUUUCUGCAAACGGCGUGAUUUGUUUAUACUUUUGGCUUUGUUCUUCAUUUUCUAUCUUGAAUGCAAUUUUGUCUCCCGGUGGAUUGGUUUACAUCCUUAUCUUGAAUAUACUCGAAUGUUGCAUUGUAAGACCUGAUUUCAGACUUUCUGAAGUUUAAGAAAAUCAGAUCAGCAAUGCCAGAGUUUGGCUUGUGUUAUGACAAUGCCUUGUGAACGCGUUAUACUGUGGCAACAAUUUUGUGGACAAUUUUUUCAGCCAUGAUAUGGUCGCCAUUGCCUCUUCAAGAACAAUAUCCAUACAGUACUUGUUCCCUUUUA